CUGAAGUGUGAAUGAAUCAGAAAAAGGAAGAAGACGAAAACAGACCACAGAAAUCGAACAACUACACUUUCUCUUAAACAUUAACAAUGCAAACUCUUCUACCGGCGGCACCAUGCUCCGGCAGGUUCACGGCAAUUCCACUUUCACUCUCCGCCAUUUCUGUCCCUCGUCUUCCCCGAACACUUCAACCGCCAAAUUCAUUUCCAUCACUCCCUCUCAAACUUCCCUCUUUCACUUCCUUCAGUUCUCAUCGUCCAUGGAAACUUCCCUUCACCGUAACCGCUUCUUCCCAAACCUCUCCAACAGUCAAUCCUUCCAACGAUGAAUCAGAAAAAGCAAAACUCGAUCAGGUGGCGAAGAGAUUGGAGAAAACUGCGAGGCAUUUUAAGCGUUUAGGUAGUUUAGGGUUUUGGGGUCAACUAGUAUGUACCGUUGUAUCAGCUGUUAUACUAUCGUUUUCCGUUGUUGUUACCGGAAGAGUUACAUCCCCGGCAACGUUUUAUGCUACAGCUGGUGGAAUAGCUGCUGCAUUCAUUUCAGUGUUUUGGUCCUUUGGCUAUAUUCGGCUCUCUGAGAGGCUUAGUAGAACUGCUAAUGCUCCUACGAAGGCACCCCCUCGAUCUGAUGUAGUGAAAAGCUUGCAAAAUGGUAUAGUAUUGAACCUUUUGGGGAUGGGAGCUGCUAUUCUUGGGAUGCAAGCCACGGUUGGAGUCUUAGUUGCAAAGGCUCUUACUUCCUCCGCCAACCCAUAUUAUCAGGGAAUCGCUCCUGGUUCAAGCCCUGUUCUCGCAUUGGAUGUCUUUUUGGUGCAGGCUUCAGCAAAUACAAUUCUUUCUCAUUUCCUUGGCCUUGUUUUCUCACUGGAAUUGUUGAGAUCGGUCACAUUACCUCCUUCAGAAGCUGUUCCAUUUCUGAAGUCUGCAUAAGCAUUUUAAGGCUCUCUUCGUUGGUGGUUGACAUCUUAUAUUCCCAAGUUGAAAAGAACCUGUGCAAUGUUGUCAAUAAGCACGAAUCAUGGUAACACCACAACAGUUCAUGAUCCAUGGGCAGAGAUUAUCACAGUGGCAGGAGUUUACCGCACUAUCUACAGUUUGGACAUGUUUGGGUUCUAACUUUAUCACCCUCAUAACUUGUCUACAGUAAGUGCCGAAUAGAGAACAUUCAAAAUGCAAAUUUGGAAUUAUUGUAUAUUAGACUUGUCAUGCAAUAUCAGGGUUUUUUUUGUAUAUUUUAUUUUAACUCAAAAUAAUGGCUACGUUUCUGUCUGUUUGAUGAGGGAUGCAGAGAGUUUGUAUUGUAGGAGCAGUUUUAACCCCGGGUGAGUCACAUUUUGCAAAUAAAUUUCCAUUUGCAUAAAUUUAUCAUA